GUCUUAAACUCUAUAACCUCCUCUUCUCCCCGCCCCUGACGCGACGCAUAGCCUUUUGCAGCGCCAGCAGCCGUAAAGCAAAGCCACUCUUGAGGGUGUUGCAGCUUUGUGUUGUGCAAUAAAGACAUAUACUCCAUUAUCUGAAAAGAUGAGAAGAACCAAGCGGCAGCUUUUCGAUGACAGUCAGGAGAGCCCUGAAGACUAAUGCAGAGAAUUAACAAAAACGUAGUUUUGGGUCUUCUGACUUUCACCAGUUCAGUUUUUCUCUUGUUCCAGUUGUACUAUUACAAGUAUUAUUUGUCCCCCAAGAAUGGAGCUGUUUUCCCCAAGAUUAAAGGGAGCAAAACAGGACAAGACAGUAGCCGAUGGCACGUGGUUAGGAAAUUCCUUAGUUUGGUGUCCAGCCACAACAUAGCGGUGCAUCUGAUUGAUCCCUUGCUUUUGGGCCUGAUUGACGUAGACUUGGAACAGCUCAGGAUUUCCUCUGAUGGCAGCCAGUCUGAUUGCAAAUACUUCUGUGCUCCCCGGGACUGUACCACUUUUGCACUGUUGGACAAAGCUUGGAAGCACGAGGUGGGCUUGUUUCGAGCUGCUGAGCGAGUGGGCUUCCAGUGGCUCAAGAUUCAGAGCAAAGACCCGCGUCUGGAAGGGAUGGAUGACCUCUCUGGGACUGAGAUCCCUUUGCACUAUGUCUUCAGAUUGGCAACUCAUUCCAUCCACUUGGUUGUAUUUUAUGAGAGAAGUGGCAACUACCUCUGGCAUGGACCACUGCGGUUGAAACUACAUACAGACCGCAAGUUUGUGCCUUUCCGGAAGCUACCAUUUGGCCGCUAUCCUGGCGCCUAUGACAGAUUAGAACUACUGAGUGUUUCCAUUGAUGGGUUAACAGUCCAGAUUCCAAAAGAACCAUCUGUGUUCCUAGAGGAAAGAUCUCACUCUCGCUUUAUGGAAUGUAGGUACAGAGAAGCUCGCUCUUUCUUACAGGUGUACCCUGACGACACAUCUCUCGAUGCCGUGGAAUUCAGGAAAAAAGCCAAGGCACUGCUGCAUCUCGCUGCUUUGACAUUAAAUAGUUUAGGAGUGAGAUUCUGGCUCAGCAGUGGAACCUGCUUAGGUUGGUACAGACAGUGCAAUAUUAUUCCUUAUAGCAAAGAUGUGGACUUGGGGAUUUUUAUUCAAGACUACAAGCCAGAGAUUAUUUCAGAAUUUCAGAAGGCAGGAUUACCACUGAAACACAAGUUUGGCAAGGUAGAAGACAGUUUGGAGUUCUCAUUUCAGGCAGGAAGUGAUGAUGUGAAACUGGAUAUUUUUUUCUUCUAUGAAGAGGAUGAUUAUAUGUGGAAUGGAGGGACUCAGGCCAAAUCAGGCAAGAAAUUCAAGUACUUAUUUCCCAAAUUCACACUUUGUUGGACUGAGUUCCUAGAACUCAAGGUACGUGUGCCCUGCGAAACCCUCCCUUACAUUGAAGCGAACUAUGGGAAAGAUUGGAAGGUGCCUGUGCAGGAAUGGGACUGGAAAACCUCACCGCCCAACGUCCAGCCCAAUGGGAUGUGGCCCAUCGAUGAAUGGGAUGAAGUCAUUCAGCUCUACUGAUCUUUUUGUGACACUUUGGGAUGUUGCCAGUUUAAUUACACCUCACCCAGAAGUCCUCUUCAAUCCUGGUAUUCUGAAAAUGAAGGUAGAACAAGCAAGAGUGUUGGUAUAUUGUUAUUUAUAAAGCUGAGGAAGGCAUUAUGGAACAGAAUUAUAAAUGUGAGCAAAAGUACAUCACGAAGCAAUAUUGAAAUGGUAUUGUGCUACACUGACUUCAGAAAUAAGUUGUCCCAUAUAUUUUAAGCUACACUAUAGGGUAGCAAGUCAUGGCCCACAAGCAUGUGUAAUAUUCCUUCAGGCCUGCCCAAAUUUCACACAUGUUGCGGUCAGCCUAGGGACAGGGAUAGAUCACUGGGUGCAACAUCCCAUUGCAUAAGCCUACAGAAGCCUCCACAGUUCCUUCUUCUCUUUCUGUAGAUUAUUUUUUUUAAAAGGAUUGAAAGUUUAGCAUCUAAUUUUGCCAAGCUGAGAUAUGAAUGUAUUUGGGAUACAGUCUAAUGUUCUGGUCACUUGAUUUUGAAGCUGGAUUUGGACCACAGAAUUGAUCAAGAACAAGCUGUGUCCCUUGGCUAGAAAUAUGUAGAUUUUCUGCAACAACAACAACAACUCUUUAUUUAUAUCCUGCUUUUCUCCCUCAUGGGACCCAAAGCGACUUACAACAUAUUAAGAUAAUGUAAACAACAAUCCAAAUACAUUGAUGAUAAGUAUAAGACAUCAUGAAAUAAACAGUUUAAAACAACAACAAUAUACAUUCACAUUCUUGUAGCAUCAUGUCAGAUUAUAUUGCACUUUGUUCCAGUCCAUAAACAUUAUGGUGUUUCUUAUUCCGUCAUAGAUGAGGACAUGAUAGUGGAUUAUGAAAUGACUCAUGAGUGGAAGGAAUUAGUAAAUAUGUUUUCCCCCCUUUUUCACUAAUAACAGAAUAUUAAUAAAUGAACAAUUCAAGACAGGGAAAGAAACGUUUCUUUCUGCAAAAUAUAAUUCAGAGUUGGGGAAGGCUCAUCUUCCAGGCUAUAGCCCCCAAAGCUCAGGGAUCCCAUUAAAGAAAGAAAGAAAGAAAGAAAGAAAGAAAGAAAGAAAGAAAGAAAGAAAGAAAGAAAGUUCUUUCAGGUCCAGAUUUCCCCCAAAAUCACUCUUGUAGCUGCAACCAAGGUCAUUGGCAUGAGAACGUUUCUUCUUCUUUAUCCCUCAAGAUAUUCCUCAAAGGAGGGAAAAAAACCCAGCUGUUUUCAGCCAAAAGACCCGCUUCUGGCUGCUUUGAAUGUACCAUUGCAGUAAGACCACAAGAGUUAAAAAUGGUCCCACCUUCAUAGAAUUUGCUGUCUCAAGAUGUAUUGACCAGGUUAAUUGACAGUGAGAUAAGCAAGUUAUCACUAGCUGUAAGGCUUGUUAUUUCUGUGCUAUCUCUGUGCUCAGGGACUAUGUUUGUCUUUGAGUACAAGUUGUGAGGGAACGAGAGCAUUUGUAUUCCUGCUUAUGAAUGUCCCAAAAGCACCAAAUUGCUUACUGCAGAAAACAGUGGGGCCUGAAUCUGUUCCAGUUCAGAUUAUGCUUGGGACCAGAAGUGUUUGGGAUUUUGAAAAAUCUAUAUAUACCUAGGGCCCCCUGGUGACACAGCAGGUUAUACUGCUGAGCUGCUGAACUUGCUGACCAAAAGGUUGCUGGUUUGAAUCCAGGGAGCAGAGUGAGCUCCUGCUGUUAGUCCCAGCUUCUGCCAAACUAGCAGUUGACAGUUCGCCUUCCUUGCUGCUCCUCCUUAAAUAGGAAUCAGCUUGUUCUGCUUUUCAGCAUGACACCGAUGAGGUUCAUUUAAAAUGUCAAUUUACCAGUAUCCCUCAUUAAGAGUAGCAAUUCUGGAAAUUUGAAAUAGAGCAAAGUUAGACCAAGAAACUGAGUUCCUGUAUAGAGCUGGAAGAAACAAAGCAUUGGAUCUGUGAAGGGGGUGUCAUAAUAUUUAUAAUAAAUUGUUAACACAGGCUUCAAUUAGAUUAAAUUAUUUGGAGCUCUUUUAUAUGAAGCACAAUAAUAUGAUAGCGCUCUGUGUAAAUAGAGAAUGUGAAUAGAAUAUUUUACAGCAUAUUCAAAAUGCUCUUGGGCACUGGUAGAAAAAGUGAAUAGAGAAGGAACUAAUACAUAACACUGGCUAACUGUAUUUAAUUGAGUUUAAUUUAUUGACAGGUGUUUAUUUUGUGUGGUAUAUAAUAAUUUAGUCAGAUGUGCCAAUCAAGAAAGCUAGUCGUGUUUAAAUCCCAUUGAAAUGAACAAAAUAAGUGUUUUCUAGAUUGGGACCAUGUUUUUUGUAUACUUGUUUUGUUAUUUAUGCCAAGGUACAGUUUUAACUUGCAGUUUGGGAUGCUAAUGGUUACAAAGCAAUCUGAAAGUGUUUGUGGCUUCUAAAAGACAUAUUUUGCUCUUCUUGAUUUCUUCUUUAAUAAACAUGAACAAAAUAAAAUUGAUUUUCUUCAUAAUAUGAAAUUAUGAUGUAACACUUCCUCCCCACACACAAAUCCUAUCCACUUUAUUAUCAGGGGUUUUAAUCAUAUUAAAUAAAUUGGUCAAGUCUCAUA